AUGGUCAACAACCCUCUGUAUGUGGAUAGCAACUCAGAAUCCGUGGAGAAGUCAGAGGUGACUUUCUUCGAAAAGGCCAUACGUUUGGACUAUGAAACUGUGACGGUAGAUCUCUGGGACAUAAGCAAACUACCUUUGCGGAAAUGGAUCUCGUUCACCGGGAUCUUAAACGAGUUCCACAAUUAG